AUGGCGAUCCCUUGGGUCCCGGCUGGCAGGGGUUUAAGGUCUGCACAGGAAAGCACGAGGGGCGGCGGCGGCGCGGGCAUACCCCCCGCUGUUCCCCGAGGAGGAGGGAGAGGGGGAAGGGGAGAGACACGCGGAAGGGGAGUUGCUCUUCUGGGAGGAGAGGCUGCGAUCGCGAGAUCAGGCCCGUGGCGUGUCCGUCACGACCGUCCAGAGCGUGUGGCUGCGCCAGCGAAUGGGGGCGAGGAGGGUUCUGAUAACUCCCAGAAUGGGAGCGACUUUAUCCCGACGCACUCCGAGGCAUCGGAGGAGGUCUCCCUGGGCGAUGAUGAGAAUCAGGAUGUGUUAGCGCAGAGGCGAGGGCGGAGAAGGGAGCAUGGUGGUAUGCCACAUCCCUCCAACAUGCCAGCAGGACAGGACGCAGAUGUGCCACCGCAGCCAUCCGAGAAAUCACCCGCUGACCUGGCUAAGGAUGACUCGAUCUGGCUUCUGGCUAGCACUUGGGACAUUGCGCCACUCCAGCGAGCAGACCAACCGUUUCUGGUGAGGCGGUUGCCCCCCAAGAUUCUGGAGAGCUACACCUUGUGCCUUCUGGCACCACUGCUGCGAUUGGCUACACAUCCAGACUGUGUGGGGGCGUGGACUGUGCUGCAGUUCUUGCCCCGCUUGACCCUUCGACCCCUCCCAGAGCCGGUGGAAGGGAACCGCUGGAUACAGAUUGAGACUCGGCUGCACCACUUCAGGCUCGGGGCUCUGGCCGAUCUCUACAAUGAGGCAUGCGCGAUCCCCGAAACUGGAGCCCCGACACGUCAUCAGCCAGACGAGGCAGGCCUGUGUGCGCGAGCGGAAGGGUUGAUAAAGAAGGCCAACAUUUCUAAGGCAGUGUCUGCGUUACAAGUGACCCCGCUGGCGGCACCAACACCAGCUACACUCGCUGCCUUACAGGCGAAACACCCUGUUGGGGAGUUACCAAUCCCGAGCUGGGUAACCAACCGCACUGGAGCGCCGGCCUCGACUUUGAACCUGACCCCAGACGAUGUCCGCGAAAUACUCGCGAAAUGCCCGAAUGGAGUUGGGGCGGGCCCCUCAGGCACAUGCUUCGAGCAUUUGAAAGACCCGGCCCACUGCAGCGAGGAAAUCCUCAUACUCCUGACCAAGCUCAUCGGCCAGUUACUUAAUAGUGCACAGACGAAGGAGGUACGAGACAUCCUCCUGGCGUCUCGGCUGAUAGCACUCGAGAAGCCAGGAGGGGGCGUAAGACCCAUCGCUAUAGGAGAAGCCUUGCUCAGGGUGGCGGCGAAAGCGGCACUACGCGAGGGUACCGGCUUGGGUGGCGUGGACACGGGCGGCGGCGGCUGCGCGGCGCUUGAAUCCCCUCCGUCGCCAGGUGUGGCGGUGGUGGCGGAUGAGAACUUGGCGCGGACGCCAACGACUGCGGUGCCGGCUCUGAGGCCGAGGACGGCUGCUGCUGCGAUGUCGAAGACUGUGACAUCGGUGGCGGAAGCUGCAGGGGCUGGGACUGCGCCACUUGGGGCGGAGCUGACGGACCAAGUGGGCGGUACGCCUGAGGCCCGUGUGGGCGCUGGGGACGAGGCGGCCGACGACGGCGAAAGUUCUGCCCGCGAGGUCGCAGUUGGGGAGGUGCCCGGCCACGGGAGAACCGGAACAUCUGCUGGCGGGGGGCCGGCGAGGGAGGAGGAGGCUGCGAAACACCGCCACCUACUCCGGCCGCAACCACAUCCGCGGCGGCUCGGAGCAGGGCUGGGACCUGCCCGCCCUGGGCCCCUUGCGGGGUGGGAGCAGCAAGAGGACUCGCCGGACGCUCCGGCGCCUGGUGUGGGCGUCGCUUGCCCGUCAUCGAACGGGCAUGCGGACGCAGCGGAAGGGACACACGAGGCGGAGGCUGUUAUAGCGGUGGGGGCGGACCACGAGGAUACGCUAGAACGGCGCGGCGACACGGCAGAACGCAGGCAACGGACUGGCACGAGCCGUCAAAGGGCGCUCCAGGACCAGGCCGACGAACGGGCGGCAGGCCUGCAGCCGCAAAACGCGGCACCAAGGGCGGCGGGCAGGGGCCGAGGGAGGGGACGGAACGGGGGGAGAGGUCUUCGAGAUCUGGCGGGAGCGGUGGCGAGGGAGAAAGCCAGAUCUGGAAACUGGCGGGAAAGGCAUGAGAGGCCAGAGGAGCAGGUUGAGGGUCCAAUGAAUGAAGGAGAAGAGGAGGGCGGGUCAGAAUAUAUGGCCUCACAGGAUGCGGAAUCAGAGGAGGCCUCAUUGGAGGCUGAGCGGGGGGUGCCCGUCCCAACCACAAAUUGGGCUGGAGGAAUCGGACGGGAGCGAGGGGAGGCCCCAGCAGACGUGGGAGAAUCAGGGCCACAGCAGCCUAACGAGGCUGCCAGCAGGGAGCGAGAUCCCAGCAUUAUCGUGGAAGACGAGGCCACCUGGCAGCGGAUUCAUGCAUGGGAUCUGGGACCACUUCAAUCUAGCGCCCAACCCUUCCUGCGGCAGGACGGGGACGAGGAACAAGAGGAUGCUGGCGCUGAGGCUGCUGGACGGGAGGAGUGGGCGGCGGUGGAGCCGGAGCCGCGGGAGGGGCUGAGACAGACGGCGCAACAAGAAGCGCCGACGCAACAUGGAGCUGGGGUUGCGCCGGCAAAACCGACGGCGGGUGUGGAGGAGGAGGUGCGGAAGGAAGCACAGGCGCCGGCUGUAUCUGAAGUGAGGCAAGCGCAGGCAGGGCCAGCGCCGGCGGUGGCUGAGACAGUGGGGGAGGAACCGAAGGCGGAGGCACCGCCGGCACAAGCGGCGGCGGAGGGACCUGCCGAUGAGGAGGAAAUGGCCUCGGCCGCCAGGGUUGAUGGCGGGGACACCGGGGAUGACGGAGUGGCUGACCCCGUGGGCGGAGGUAGUACGGCGUUCGACCGGGUGGCGGGUGAUACACAGGGCGUCGGGAGUCCGGGGAUUGACGCCGCCCACGCCUCGAUCCGCCGCUCGAUUCGGCUUCAACCAAGUCCGCGGCGGCUCAGAGCAGGGCUGGCACCUGGCCUCCUUGGCCCCCUUCGGGGGUGGGAGUGCCAGACCUACUAA